AAAACUUGCUACCUAAUAACAGAUUUGUUGAAUGAUUAAACUUGAACUGACAAUUUUUUUUAUUAAAUUAGUUAAUCAAUAUCGAAUUUAAAUAAAAUAUAAUAAUUUGAAUUUAAAUAAUAGAAGUGUUCAGAUUGUUGCUGUGCGAGGAAUAACUUGUCGUAAUAUGUCAUUUUUGUAAACAAUCAACAGCAUAACCUAAAUCUUACAAAGUUCACGUUUUAUUCUAUUGUAAAUACUAGUUUAAUAUGGUAACAACGGACCAAAAACUUGGUAAUGGCUGAAGAAAAAGAUUUUAACGAUAUCUUAGACGACAUUGUUCUAGGUGAAGAGAGGGAACACAAGGCAAGUUAUGAACAAGGUUUCAAAGCUGGAAGCGAAGCAGGAAAUCCGGAAGGCUAUCAUUUAGGAUACCAUAGAGGUGCAGAACUAGGACGAGAACUAGGCUACUACUUGGGCAUUAUCACGCAUUAUAAAAAUCUUAAUCAAGAGUCAGAGAAGAAAUAUUCUGAAAAAGUUUUAGCACAACUCACCAAAGUGCAAGACCUCAUUAAUUCAUUCCCGAAAACUAAUUCGGAAGAUCACGAUAUACUGGGCAUGGCUGAGACCAUAAGGGGACAGUAUAAAAAGGCCUGCGCUUUAUUGAACAUAUCUUCAACCAAUCCUUAUGAUGCAGGAGUCUCAUUUUGAGGAUAGUAAUUUAUCAAUGAAUACAAGACUUUUGAAAAUUCACCUCCACAUUGAUUCUCUCACCAAAUACUUGACACCACUCCUGCCAAUAGCCAACUGUCACAUGGUGGAGUUUAUAACUCAGAACCACUGGGACAAUCUUUUACCUGUACCUUUGAGAGAGGUUCUUAAUGGCUUACAGUUCAAUGAGGCACUGAAACAAUUCUGGACUGCAGCUGAAAGCAAAGAAACAAAAGACACUUGUAUCCUAGCCAACUGGAUCCACACAGCCCGUUCCCACUGUGUUUCUGUCAACAAUGACUACUGCUUGUCAGCUGAACAGCUCCGGGAACGCAUCAAGGCGUGGGGUGGGGAGAUUAAACCGGAGAUCAGGGUCAAGGAGUUUAUGACCAGCAAAAAGAGUUAUGAGGUACAAACAAUGUCGGCACUAGUCGCGUCCCUGCAGGCAGCGCGCGGGGCGCAGUGCUGCGUAGAAGCGGGCGGGGGCCGCGGCCAGCUGCCGGUGGCGCUGUGCCUGGCGUACUCCGUGCCCAGUCUCACCAUCGACUGCGACGCUCAAGCCGUCGCCGCCGCACCAAACAGGAUUAAGAUUAUACAGAAACAAUGGCAUGCAAUAGCGAAACGUAUAAAGAACGGAACAGAAGAACGAAUAGACGAGGGUAUCAAUAAGAACCUCCAUAGGUUUGCCACCGCCUACAUCACGGAGCACACUGACAUCGCCGCCAUUGUCAAGGACAAGUUCCCUGAGCUUGCACGCCAAGAUAUCAAGCUGCUUCUUACAGGCCUGCAUACGUGUGGCAACUUAGGCCCGGAUUCCCUCCGUAUCUUCGUGCAGCAGCCCAGCACGGCGGCUGUGUUCAAUGUACCGUGCUGCUACCACCUCCUCACUGAAGCUGUCGAUGGACAGCUUUUUGAUGUCUUCCAAAGAGAUUAUGGCGGAGAGGAUACUAAGCAAGGGUUCCCCAUGUCUGAGUAUUUAAAAGGCUAUAACCUAGGAAGGAACGCGAGAAUGCUAGCCGCCCAGUCUAUAGACCGGGUUGUCAACGACCGACAGCUGCCUUCCAACAGCUUACUGUACAGAGCUUUACUGCAGGAUAUAAUCCAAAAGCAGCUCCCAAACCAUAAGAUAUCAGAAGGCAAACUCAAAAGGAUAACUCCGAAAUGUCAAACAUUCCAACAGUACUUCAAAAUGGCGGACGAAAUUUUAAAUUUGGAACUCUAUGACAAUCUGCCUGCCAGUUUUUUUACAGAUGUAGAAAACAAUAUGGAUUGCCAGUGGAAAAAACUCGUGUUGUUUUAUUUAGUCAGGUUAUGUUUAGCUCAAGUAGUUGAGAGUUUAAUUUUGUUAGAUAGGUUAUUGUUUUUAUUUGAAAAUGGGUUUGAAAAUGUUUAUUUAGUUAAGUUAUUUGAUCCUGUUUUGUCCCCAAGAUGUCAUAGUAUUGUCGCUGUAAGAUAAAAUGUGUUGUUG